AUCACGUGCUGUUCAACAUGGCGCUGAUGUUCACCGCAACAGCGAGCAUCAAGAAAGCAGUAGGGAUCAUAAAUGAUUUGGCUUCUUCCAAAUUUCCAUUGCUCCUAAACCGCAUCUUACAGAAGCUGCACUUGAAGGAUGAGAGAACAUUUAGUGAAGAGGAAGAGGAAAAACUCCAGUCAACAUUUGAGUUGUCUGCCCCUGAUCUUGAACUUGUUUUAGAAACACUUGAAUUCAUUUUACAACAGGCAGCGUACCACACAGCAAAACCAGCUGUCCUCACUGGCCAGCUACGACAGCUGGAGAUAGAUGAUGACAAGGUUCAGGCCAUUGUUGAGAAAUGGACAAGUUGUGCCAAAGAGACAGUACAGAAGCUAAGGGAGAGAACUCUUGUGCCUAAGCAGCUUGAGGCUGUUAACUGGCGACUUAACUUGCAGAUGGCACAGUCAAAUAAAACUAAAUUAAAGUCACCAAAUGCUUUAUUUGAACUUCAAGUUAGUGAAGAGUCAAGUGAGGAAAAAGAAAAGAUCCGAAUAGAAUUUUCCCAUGAUGAACUUUACAAAUUCUACAGUCAGUUGGAGGUGAUACAGAGGCAGGUGGAUGGCUUGAGCUGAACAUGUCAGACACACAGACACGGGUCAUGUGACAGGAGCAGACAGCAAUAUCGGUAUUUAUCACCCGCGUCCCAAUGUUGCAGUCUGCUGCUGCUGAUGGACGUGCAAUAAGUUACUCCUGCGAUAUUGGAAUUGGACAAGCUGAGCGGAAAAUUGUCACCAACUGAUUUAAGUGGCAGCUCAAGUCAUGGAUAUUUUCUUAUUGCAGAGGCCAGAUCAUGUUUUUCCAAUUUAUUAACCAAAAAAAAGUGAUUCAGUUUGAGAGAAAUAUAUUAAUGAAAUACUGUUAUUGAAACCGAUAAAAAACUAUGAUGGAAUUACUGAGGAGGCAAGUUGUGUAGGACUGUUGCAUGUUAUGCUUCCAGAAUGCAGUGUACCUGUGUUGAUAUACAUGCACAGAAUCGGGUGUGGCUAUAUGACAUGGCUCCAGUGUUGUACAGUGUGUUAGGUUUAUCACAUUCAUAUACCCCUGGUAGGUCCAAUGUUGCAUAAUAGGGUAGGUUUCACAACAUGGGGCGGAUUGACGAUAUUGGGUUGGGGAGGGGACAGAAUCCUAGACGACCAGGGUGGUAUGUUUGGGGGUAGGGCAGUGUGGAGCUCUAAUGUCCUUGCUUGGUUAGGUGGCUUAACAUUUUGACUGUCGUAAGUGGAUGGGUGUUACAAUGGAUGUGAAAAUGGCUUUGUGUACUGAGACACAGAGUUGGAUAAUUAGGCAAGAUACCCCUUUUCUUAGUAGUAAUUUAGUCUAUAUUAAAUGAACUGAUGUAUCACCCAAUGUGUGAAAAUAGAUAUACACUGGUUUGCAGAGAUUGUUAAUGUUGUCAUGGAAACUCAGCUUCACACAGAGUGGACAUUUUUUAAAAUUAAUUCAGGGGAGUGAGAAGUAGCGUUUUGCUAAGACCUAUUACCAGGUGUGUUUGUUAGUCAUCUUGUGAGACAUUAUGUGAUGAAUAUGUGCUUGAACAUACAUGUGAUGUAGAUGAGAUGUUCGUUGAAAUAUCUUUGUAUGACAACUGAAACAACAGUAAUCCAAAGAUUUGUGUAAAAGAUUUGUCAUCUUCAUUGUACAGACAAAAAUAAAUAUUACAAAGUA